AUGACUCAGCCAAACAGAUCUCCAGAUUUGAAUCGGAAUUCCGAUCAGCCGACCAUGCAUGGAAACCAACAUUCCUCCCCUGAUAAUACACCCUCCGAAAAUACGUCACGACCGCCGCAACCCUCCAGAAGCCAUUCCCUGCACACAAGCACUCCAGGACGGACGUCGCUCUCGCCCUCCCGGACAUUGUCUGAUUCUGGAAGGAGGCUCUCUCAGCAACAUGUCCGCUUCUCAACCGACUUGGACCGUCCCACAGAGGACGACAGACAAACCUCGGGGGAUCGGCGACCGGGCUCCAGAGGACUUUCGAUAAAUACGAGCAUCCCAGAUACCCAGGGUUCAUCACCCGGCACCUCUCCCAAUGCAGGUCGCGCACCGCAACCUUCCCUUUCGCCGCGCUCCGCUUUGUCUCCCACAUCACCACAGAGUCCUGAUACCAUUGGCCGCUCGCGUUCCAGGAACCGUGGCUAUUCACUACGUCGUACCAUCUUCACAAAGACCAUCGAAUCGCAAUCGACUCCUUCAUCGCCAGUCGAAUUGACACAUAUCACGACUACGGACCCCGAGAUUGUGGAGCAGGAGGAAGCGCCUAGCGCCGCCGAACCUAGUGAAGAUGAAAAGAGUCAAACGAUAGUUGCGCAAAAGUCUACAUCACAACAAGGUUCAUUGGAGGAUGGCCUUGCCACAUAUUAUUCUGAUCAGACUGAUCUCAAAGAGGGCAGGAACCUUUCUACCCCUUUGCCUCAUGAGGGGUGGCGUAAACGAACAACGGCCUUGACUACAUUGAAAUCCCGCGUGGCGGAAAUUCUGGAGACCAUUCGAAAAACCAUUCUCCGGAUUCAAACCAUCCCUCCCAGCAAAAAUGGCCGUCAUAUUGAUCUUGAUCCCACUCGAACGGAGAUUCUGAUUGAUGAGAGAACAGGGAAGCCCUACGUGGAAAAUUGGAUUCGGUCCAGUCGGUACAGUCUAUGGAGCUUCUUUCCUCGUCAAUUCUUCGCGCAAUUUACGAAGCUAGCCAAUUUCUACUUUCUCGUCAUUGCGAUUCUGCAAAUGAUUCCUGGGUUGAGUACAACGGGUACCUUCACCACGCUAGUCCCGCUUCUCAUUUUCGUCGGCAUCUCCAUGGGCAAAGAAGGGUUCGACGACUGGCGUCGCUACCGCUUGGAUAAAGAAGAGAAUAACCGUUUCGCGUCAGUACUACGCCCUGGCUCGAAUGUUCUUUCUCGCUCUAUUUCUGGCGACAGCGCAUCAACCUCGAGCGGACAACAAGACUGGGAUUCAGUCAAGUGGAGUGACAUCAAGGUUGCUGAUGUUAUAAGAUUGGAACGUGAUCAGCCAAUACCUGCCGAUAUGGUCUUACUUCAUGCGGAUGGACCCAACGGAGUGGCCUACGUUGAAACUAUGGCUCUAGAUGGCGAGACAAACCUCAAAACUAAGCAACCCUGCCAACCUGUGGCCAAAGUGUGCGGAACCGUGGAAGGUGUUUGCAGCAGCUCGAUACAUUUUGCCGUGGAGGAUCCGAAUCUCGAUCUUUACAAAUUUGACGGGAAUGUAACGGUUGCUGCUGGAGAAAAGACGCCCUUGACGAACAACGAAGUCCUGUACCGUGGCAGUGUGCUUAGAAACACCGAGCGAGCCAUGGGAAUGGUCAUCUACACGGGUGAGGAGUGCAAAAUUCGCAUGAACGCGAACAAGAACCCUCGAAUCAAAAUGCCUUCCCUACAAGCAAAGGUCAACCGUGUUGUCUUACUCAUUGUGUUUCUAGUGGUCAUACUCGCGGGAGCCUGUACUAUCGCCUACAGAUACUGGUCAAGAGAUGUGGAAAGCCGCGCUUGGUAUCUGGAGGAAGCGAACGUUAGCUACGGGCCUAUCUUUACUUCGUUCCUGAUCAUGUUUAACACGAUGAUUCCAAUUUCGCUCUACGUGAGUAUGGAAAUCGUCAAGGUGGUACAGAUGCUCAUGCUGAACGCCGACAUUGACAUGUACGACCCCGAAUCUGACACACCACUGGAGGCGCGGACAUCUACUAUCAACGAGGAACUGGGCCAAGUCAGCUACAUAUUCUCUGACAAGACCGGAACUUUGACGAACAACUCUAUGCGGUUUCGCAAGAUGAGCGUUGCCGGGACUGCGUGGUUCCACGACUUUGAUCUUGUUGAUGAAGCUGCUCAGGAAGGGGAUCGUGAGAAGCUGAUUCACAAGAAGCGAAGCGUCAAGGGCAAAAAAGUCGCAAACCGCCAGUCAAAUGUAUCCGAGGUGCGCAGGUCCCUCGCCAUCUCGACGUACGAAGCGCGCAAGGAUGCAGUACCGGCACGAAACAGUCGAACCACCGAUCUGCUCAGGUACAUUCAACGCAAGCCAUAUACUGUUUUUGCCCGCAAAGCAAAAAUGUUUAUCCUGGCCAUGGCAGUCUGCCACACCUGUCUGCCGGAGGAGGAUGAAUUCGGUAACACCACCUUCCAGGCCGCAUCGCCGGACGAGCUCGCGCUUGUCACGGCCGCGCACGAGCUAGGCUAUCUUGUCCACGACAGGCAGCCAAAUACAAUAACAAUUCGGACGUUUCCCAACGGGACGGAAGAGUCCCCCGUGGAUGAGACAUAUGAAAUUCUUGAUAUCAUCGAGUUUUCCAGUGCUCGGAAACGCAUGUCCGUCGUGGUACGGAUGCCUGACCGACGAAUCUGCUUGUUCUGCAAAGGCGCUGACAGCGUGCUCAUGCGGCUGUUGAAGCGUGCCGCGCUUGCCCAAGAAAAAGUGAACGAAAUCGAGCGCCGGGCCAGCAAGCGCAAAGCUGCUGGAGCGAGUGAGGUCAUGAGGCGAAAUAGCGAGUAUCGGAGUCGGAAGGAUAGCGGAGUCCGGAACAGUUUAAGUCGACCGAGCAUGACGCAUCGCCGCUCUAGUGUCUCUGGAAAGAACGUAUCUGCCUUGAGAGAAAGCAUCGAUGUCUGGCUUCGUGAUAGAGAGACCGACGGUGGUCUUUUACACAGAAAUAGCGAGGCUGAUUCCCUUCACGAAGCUGAAGACGAGGAUUUGGUGGACGAGGCCCUGGUUGUUGACGAAGCCGCUGUUUUUGAGCGCUGCUUCCAGCACUUGAACGAUUUCGCAACGGAAGGACUGCGGACGCUGUUGUAUGCCCACCGUUUCUUGGACGAUGCUACGUAUCAGGAGUGGAAACUCGCAUAUCAAGAAGCGUGCACAAGCCUCAUUGACCGACAGGAACGAAUCGAGAAGGUCGGUCAACAGAUUGAGGAACAGCUCGAAUUGACUGGCGCUACGGCGAUUGAGGAUAAGCUUCAGAAAGGUGUCCCCGAGGCGAUUGACAAGCUCCGCCGCGCAAACAUCAAGCUAUGGAUGCUGACUGGAGAUAAACGCGAGACCGCGAUCAACGUCGGACACUCUUGCCGCUUGGUGAAGGACUACUCUACUCUCGUCAUUCUCGAUCAGGAACUGGGUAAUGUCGAACAGUCGAUCGCGAAAUUGACCACGGACAUUACGAACAAGACAGUGGCACACUCUGUUGUAGUGGUCGAUGGCCAAACGCUCUCAAUGAUCGAAGGUGACCAAAAUCUGCGCGCACACUUCUUCAGACUUACCAUCCUCGUUGAUUCGGUAAUUUGCUGCCGUGCCAGCCCCAAACAAAAGGCUUUCCUCGUCAAAUCAAUCCGCCGGCAAGUCAAAGACUCUGUUACACUCGCAAUUGGCGAUGGUGCCAAUGACAUUGCGAUGAUCCAGGAAGCCCACGUUGGUAUCGGCAUUACUGGUAAAGAAGGUCUUCAGGCAGCGCGUAUUUCCGACUACUCGAUUGCUCAAUUCAGGUUCCUGCUGAAGCUUCUCCUUGUACACGGCCGCUGGAACUAUAUGCGAGCGUGCAAGUACACCCUAGGGACGUUCUGGAAAGAAAUCCUGUUCUAUCUCACUCAAGCCCUAUACCAGCGCUGGAAUGGAUACACUGGCACGAGUUUGUACGAACCAUGGAGCUUGAGUAUGUUUAAUACUUUGUUCACAUCAUUGGCCGUUAUCUUCUUGGGCAUUUUCACCAAGGAUCUCUCGGCCUCUACCCUCCUUGCGGUUCCAGAACUCUACACCAAAGGUCAGCGACACGAAGGCUUCAACAUUAAGCUCUACCUGGCCUGGACAUUCAUGGGCACCUGCGAAGCGAUGCUAGUCUACUUCAUCAUGUACAGCCUCUUUGGAAACAUUCUCUUCACUACGAGUGGAGCAAACGACAUCUUCUCCGCCGGUCUCCUCACCUACUCAGCCUGCGUUGUCAUCAUCAAUGCUAAACUCCAAGCGCUUGAAGUCCAUAACAAGACCUACCUUUCCCUGGCGGUGUUUAUCAUCUCCGUUGGUGGAUGGUUCUGUUGGAACAUGAUCCUGUCAAAGCAGUAUGACUUCAAAUCUGGUGACGGCAUUUACCACGUGCCUUCCAACUUCAUCUUCCAUUCUGGGCAUGACCUUGCCUUUUGGGUUGUUCUCCUCGUAACCGUUGCUGCCGUGCUUAUUUUUGAGAUCGCGGUUAGCUCAGUCCGCGCCAACCUUUUCCCAACGGAUGUCGAUGUUUUCCAGGAGUAUGAAAAGGAUCUGGAUAUUCGCAAACGCUUUGAGGAAGCUGCCGCCUCAGAACUCCAGCAGGGGUGGGACCACGGGAAAAAGAAAUCCAGCUUCGAGAUUGCCCGCGAGGAAGCUGAGAUGGAAGCCAGAGAGAAACAAGUUCAAGAACUGCUGGCCAGGCCGCGAGUUAUGAAUGGGAAAAAUGACUCGUCGAGCCCCGUGUACGUCGAGUCGACCUCCGUAUCAGCCCUGGGCGAAUCGAGCCGUGAGCAGGUCGCCCUAUCAGAUGCGGAAAUUGCCAAAAAUAACGACCAGAACAAUAACACUGCUCCUCGACGUUCCGUAGAGAUCCACGAGCUGUUCUCGAAAGGGUUUGGAGCGAUUCGAAAGGGCCACCUGAAGUAG